CUCCACCUCCUGUUCUCCUGGCCAAAUUCCCCGCACAUUCAGCUUGGUGCAGAGGCACUGCCGGGUAGCCAGUUCCGCAGCAGGGAUCAAGGCUCGCAGCAGGAGGCUGAGAGGCGAUGAUGGAGAUCGUGCAAGGAUCCAUGGAGAGACUCCAGCUGCUGCCCUUGGGGGCUGGGGUCAUCACUCUGUUGUUGACAGUUGUGGUUUUAUGCUCCCUGCCCGCCCUGAUGACUUACUUGAGGCAAUGGUGGAUGAUGAAGUCAGUCCCAGGUGUCAGCCCCUGCUAUCCUGUCGUGGGAAAUGCUCUGCUCUUCGAGCAGGAUGGAGAAGGCUUUUUUAAUCAACUAAAAUUUUAUUCUGAAGAGUUCAGGCAUUUGCCGUUGUUCAAACUUUGGAUAGGACCAGUGCCUGUCAUGGUUUUGUAUCAUCCUGACAGUGUGGAGGCUAUUCUGAAUAGUUCAAAACACAUAGAAAAAUCAUACCUAUACAAGUUCCUGCAUCCAUGGCUGGGCACUGGACUUCUGACGAGCACUGGAGACAAGUGGCGGUCGCGGAGGAAGAUGAUAACUCCUACUUUCCACUUUGCAAUAUUGAAUGAUUUUCUAGAGGUUAUGAAUGAACAAGGGAGUAUUUUGGUUAAGAAACUUGAAAAGCAUGUUGACAAGGAACCAUUUGAUGUCUUUCUGGACAUCACUCUGUGUGCCCUUGAUAUCAUCUGUGAAACAGCAAUGGGCAAGAAUGUGGGUGCGCAGAAGAAUAAGAAUUCUGACUAUGUUUCUGCUAUAUACAGGAUGAGCGAUCUAAUCCAACAGAGACAGAUUAGCCCUUGGCUUUGGCCUGAUUUUUUAUACACGCUAUUCAAGGAAGGAAGAGAGCACAAGAAGAACCUCAACAUCCUUCACAAUUUUACAGAUAAGGUCAUUGCAGAAAAAGCUGCAGAACUUGAAAACACCAAGCAAAAGAAACAUGGUAAUGAUGGCAACAGUGAAGAAAGUGUAUCCAAAAAGAGAAAAGCAUUCCUAGACAUGCUGCUGAGUGCAACAGAUGAUGAAGGGAACAAAUUGAGCUACAGGGACAUUCGUGAGGAAGUGGAUACUUUCAUGUUUGAGGGCCAUGAUACAACAGCAGCUGCUAUGAACUGGGUCCUGUACUUGCUUGGGCAUAAUCCUGAAGUUCAGAAGAAGGUUCACAAAGAAUUGGACGAGGUGUUUGACAACACUGACCGUCCUGUUACAACAGACGAUUUGAAACAGCUUCGAUACCUUGAGUGUGUUGUGAAAGAAGCCCUUCGGCUCUUCCCAUCAGUUCCCAUGUUUGCCCGUACCUUGAGAGAGGACUGCUGUAUUAGUGGAUAUCAGAUACCAAAAGGCGCAAAUGUUCUUGUUUUGACUUAUGCCCUGCACAGAGACCCAGAGAUCUUCCCAGACCCAGAGGAGUUCAGGCCUGAACGAUUCUUCUCUGAAAAUGCUAAGGGAAGGCAUCCAUAUGCUUACGUGCCCUUCUCAGCUGGUCCCAGGAACUGCAUUGGCCAGCGCUUUGCGCAAAUGGAGGAGAAAACUAUUCUAGCCCUCAUCCUGCGGCGCUUUUGGGUGGAGUCAUGUCAAAAACUGGAAGAGCUUCAUAUAUCUGGAGAAUUGAUUCUUCGUCCAAAUAAUGGCAUCUGGAUUAAGCUGAAGAGGAGACCAAAUGCUGGAUCAGAAUGAAAACCAUCUCAAGGGUUUACUUCCAAAAAUUUUCAAGCUAUUUAGGCGGAAAUAUGUUUUAAAAUCAGAUAUUUUUAUGUCAGUCCAGCAGUUUGUUAAAACCAGUUGUUCCUAUUUCAUGAAAGGUGUUGUAAUAGUCCUAAAUUGCUCUACUUUUCUAAUUUUUGUGAACUUCAUGGUAUUAACUUUUAGUGCCUUAUCUGCUCAGAUGAAACUAUUCUAUUGUAACAGAGCCACAAAACCUUAAAUUAUGGUAGUAACAACAGCAAUGCCUGUGAUGAAGUGAUCUUGUUACAUGGCAUAGAAUUUACCAGGUAACUGAUAGUCUCAAAUAUUUGUAUAGUUUUCAGGUUUCUUUGGUUCGGAAAAGCACAAGUGAUAAUUCUUCCUCUCAGGCAGUAUUUUUCCUUUUUUGAUAAUGACUCUAUCUGUGAAAAUGAAACAAAAUUCUCUGAUAAUUUUACUCCUCCUCUGUAAACAUUUACAGUAGUUCUUACAUAGUGAUUUCUCUGAAUUAUUUUCUAGCAAAGUAUACCAUAAACAUGAAUCUGUAUAAUCAUACCAGGAUGUAGAUAGUGUACAAAUUACACGCUGGAUGUCACAAUGACAGAACCACUGUAUUAUUACAAACUUUGCAAAUAAACUUCUAUUAUGCCUCAA